GUGUGUGUCCGGAAGAGAGCGGGAGUAGCAGCAGUAAUCAGUCUGUCUCCAGUUAGCUGUAUAACAAAGUCCUGAGGAAACACAGCGACCUCCCAAGGAACCGCUUGCCUGGCUGCCUAAUUUCAGAGUGGGUUAUUGAAGCCGAAGACUGGUGCUUCAGUCCGGGAAGACUGCAGAGAGUCCUCCCCUGUAUUCCUCCACUACGGUCUGGGAGCAGCAUCUAUCUCCACUGUUGCUGUAACCAUGUUAAUGUCCCUCUGUGGGACCAAUAAAGGACUUCUGAUUCUGCGGACAGACAGAAGAGAGGGGGGAGGGGCGGGUUGGAAUGCGGCCUUCUUCUUCUUUUCCCGAAGAGUCCUCUUCCUCGUAGCCCACCGUAUCCCAGGAUGCAAUGCGCGCCGGUGACGUGAAAACAAAGAAAAUGUCGGUCCGGUCUCAGAGAGAAGGCAGCACGUGAGGAGUAACUGAUAAACACGUCCAGCAGCUGGUGUUGGUUAAAGAAGAGGUUCCCCCUGAGCAGCAGGAGUGGAGCUCCAGUCUGGACCAGGAGGACCAGAGCCUCCCCCACACAUUAAAGAGGAACAGGAGGAAACUCUGGAUCAGUCAUGAGGGAGAGCAGCUUCAAGGGCUGAUGGAGGCUGAUAUCACCAAGUCCACAUUCACUCCUGUCCCUGUGAAGAGUGAAGAUGAUGAAGAGAAACCUCAGUCCUCUCAGCUUCAUCAAAGACAAAACUGAACACCUGGAAACAGAAGCUGAUGGAGAGGACUGUGGAGGACCAGAACCAGCCAGGAACUCAGAUCCAGAGAGACAUUUACAACCAGAGACUGAGGACGACACUGAAGAGUCUUCGGAACCUGACACCGAAGAGUCUUCUGAACCUGACACUGAAGACAGUGGAGAUUCGAAGGAACCCAGAGAACUUGUGUCAGCUCCAAAGCCUGCGAAAAAUAAACAAGACCCUGUCAGUGAUUCAAGACAUAGUGCUAGAGAGAAACGCUUUAGAUGCUCUCAGUGCGGGAAAGAAAAUUGCAGCAAGAUACAUCUGAAUAGACCCAUGAGCACCCACACAAGAGGGAAACCAUUCAGCUGCUCAGUUUGUAACAAUUCUUUUACACAGAAAUCAAGUUUACAGACACACAUGAAAAUCCACACAGGUGAGAAACCAUUCAGCUGCUCAGUCUGUGACAAUUAUUUUACACAGAAAGGAAAUUUACGGACACACAUGAGAAUCCACACAGGAGAGAAACCAUUCAGCUGCUCAGUCUGUGAGAAGUCUAUAACACAUAAAGGAGAAUUAAAGAGACACAUGAGAACACACACAGGAGGGAAAACAUUCAGCUGCUCAGUUUGCAACAAUUAUUUUACACAGAAAUCAAGUUUACAGACACACAUGAAAAUCCACACAGGUGAGAAACCAUUCAGCUGCUGUUGUAACAAUUGUUUUAGACAGAAAGUAGCUUUAAAGAGACACAUGAGAAUCCACACAGGAGAGAAACCAUUCAGCUGCUCAGUCUGUGAGAAGUCUAUAACACAUAAAGGAGAUUUAAAGAGACACAUGAGAAUCCACACAGGAGAGAAACCAUUCCAUUGUAGUGUUUGUGAUAAAAGAUUUAUCCGGGGUAAUCUGGUCAAAACCCAUAAGUGUGUUGGUCGUCAGUCCUCACAGCUUCAUCAAACUGAGGAGAACAGAGAGGCAGAGCCUCCAGCCAGCAGCUCAGCUGAACACAUGGAAACAGAAGCUGAUGGAGAGGACUGUGGAGGACCAGAACCAGCCAGGAACUCAGAUCCAGAGAGACAUUUACAACCAGAGACCGAGGACAACGACAAGGAUGAUAUAUUCAUAAACGUCCAGCAGCUGGUGGUGGUUAAAGAAGAGCUUCCCCCUGAGCAGCAGGAGUGGAGCUCCAGUCUGGACCAGGAGGACCCAGAGCCCCCCCCACACAUUAAAGAGGAGCAGGAGGAACUCUGGAUCAGUCAGGAAGGAGAGCAGCUUCAAUGGCUGGAGGAGGCUGAUACCAUCAAGUCCACAUUCACUCCUGUCCCUGUGAAGAGUGAAGAUGAUGAAGAGAAACCUCAGUCCUCUCAGCUUCAUCAAAGACAAACUGAACACCUGGAAACAGAAGCUGAUGGAGAGGACUGUGGAGGACCAGAACCAGCCAGGAACUCAGAUCCAGAGAGACAUUUACAACCAGAGACUGAGGACAACGACAAGGAUGACAUAUUCUGUUCAUUUUUAGACGUCCAGCAGCUGGUGGUGGUUAAAGAAGAGGUUCCCCCUGAGCAGCAGGAGUGGAGCUCCAGU